AUGUCUGACCGAUGGCCGGAUCGUGAUCCCUAUGCGGGCGUCCCGACCUCGAGAUCAGGCUAUGACCCCUAUGAGCUUCGACCGUACGAGAGGUACGAGAGGUACGAGCCCCGAGCAGACCCUUACGGACUCUAUGAUCCGUAUGAGCGUGACCGUUACGAGCGUGACCGUUAUGAGCGUGACCGCUACGAGCGUGACCGCUACGAGCGUGACCGUUACGACCCCUAUGCGCGGCAUUACCCUCCACCGGGCCCCCCCGGACCGCCGGGGCCUUCUGGGCCGCCACCUGGGCCGCCGCCUGGACCUGGUGCAUAUGGCGGUUACCCACCGCCUCCGCACUACUACGGACACUAUCCACCACCCCACUAUCCGCCCUUGGAGUCCGAGCCAUCUCGGCGGCCAUCUCGAGCACGCCAGAGGAGUCGGACGCCCGAGAGGCGUGGGAAAGGUGGGGGCAAGCGGGCCAAGGAGCCGAAGGAGUCGAAGGAGCCCCCACGGAAGCGUAAGAAGGAAAAGGUGGAGGAGGAGGUGAAUGGCGCUGAUAUCAAUCUGACCCUCGGGGAGGUUUUUCCCAGAUUGGUGAAGGCCGCGCAGGAACAGGAUGGCAGUCGGUUUCUACAAUGGAAACUCAGUGGCAACUGCAGCGAAGAGGAUGGGCAGAAGAUCUUUGACCUGGCCCUGCCUGCAAUCGUGAAGCUGUCCUGCGAUCAAUGUGGGAACUUCGUGGUGCAGAAACUCCUGGAGCAUGGAGGCCCCGAGAAACAUGCUGCUAUGCUGAAGCAGGUCAAGGGUCACGUCUUGGAGUUGUCCCAGCACAAGUCUGGCUGUCGGGUGAUGCAGAAGAUGCUGGAGUUCUUGCCUUCGGAGAUGAAGGUAGAUCUCACAGCAGAGCUGCAAGACAAGGUUGUAGACUGCAUUCAUGACAUGAACGGGAACCACGUGAUCCAAAAGGUUGUGGAGAACUUGCAGCCCCAAAACUUGGGCUUUGUGAUUUCAGCUGUCGCCAAGAAGGCCACCGAGAUGGCCUCUCAUGCGUACGGCUGCAGGAUUAUCCAGAGGCUUCUUGAGCACUGUGAUCCGGACCAGCUCAGCGGCAUCCUGGAUCCCGUGGUGAAGGCGGCCACGAAGCUUGCCAAGGACAGCCACGCGAACUACGUCAUCCAGUGCAUUUUGGAGCGUGGCCGCUUCGAGGAUAAGCGCCAGAUCCUCGAGGUCAUCACUGGGAGUGUUCUGGACUUCGCGACGAACAAGGUGUCCAGCAACGUGGUGGAGAAAUGCUUCGAAAUCAGCACUGUUGGAUCCCAUGCCAAUGAUUUCGUCGAAGAAAGGUCGGCUCUGAUGCGUGCUGUGCUGGGUAAGAAGUCAGAUCCCAAUGCGCCAAUUGCGCGGCUCAUGAAGGACAAGUUCGGAAACUAUACCGUGCAGCGCAUCAUCGAGCACAGCCGUGGAGACGACUGGCUCGAGUUGCGCACUCGCAUUGAGGAUGUGGAAGAUGACCUGAAGAAAUCGCCCACGGGAAAACAUAUUAUAGCAGCCUUCGAGAAGAAGAUCGCGGCCAUGGAAGGCUGA